AUGAAAAUAUUUGCUUGUUUUUCUUCAGCACCAGCUCCUUUAUAAAUUCUUUGGGAAUCUGAAUUUAGUUUAAAGAAAAAGGCAAAGCGGUAGCUCAGGAAUUGGUAUUUAUGCACAGACUUUUCCUUCCUUACCUUAUGUGUGAGCCAAAAGCUGGUCAUUAGCAGACUGACUUCUUGGGAUCUGUGGGUCUUUGGCAUUUAUCUUUAUCAUAGUCUUUUUCCACGUGGAGGUAGACUGCUUGGGCAGGAGGAAAGCAGGGAUGCUCUCUAAGUGCUGGAACUAGUCAGGUUGGGGCUUGGUGGUUUGUACCCUGCCAUGUGGAAAUGAAACAAGUCUUAUUCUGUUCUAAUUCUGAAUUUCACACUGCUUGGAAAGAAAAAAGCGUAGUUUGAAAAGAGAAAAAAAAAACAAAUGACCCAGCCUCAGUGUUGAAUAAAAAUCUGGCAUGCCAGAUCCUAAUGGGCAUUCUCUGAGUCCUGAGGAUCUUGGAGCCAUUUCAGUUCUACAUUACAUACUGUGUUUUCUGGUAAAAUGCAUGGGAGACUGGGUGAUUUGGUCUGUUGAGGGUUUAGGCUGGUAGAUCUGGUUGUGUUUUUUCUUAGUGAAUAGUUGGUCUGUAGCAUUUCUUGGUGGCAGCAGACUUUCAUAGAUUAAUUUCGGCAUACAAAUAGAUUCAGUGUUUUAAAUGUUUUGACUUUUAAAUUAAAAGGACAACUGGAGGGCUUAAGAAAAUCUCUUUGGAAAUCAUUUAAGGUGCUAGACUGGGGUGAUGGUACCUACAAGACCUUACCAUUACUUCUGAAAGGUUUUUCCUGAAACCUGAAUUAUCUGUAAUGGCUUGAAACUAAAGUUCAGUUUUUCUUGCUGGAUCAUGUCAGUAUACAGUCAUGUUGCACUGUGCAGAAAUGCAUUAUAUUUAUUUAACUGUAGCAAGAGCAACUCAGGAUUCUAAUCUUGUAAUUGAAGAAGGUGUAACUAAGCAUUUAUAAUGAAAUGUGAACAUAAUGCUUCAGGCAAAACAUCUUUUAAGGAAUUAAGAUUUCUUUUUAUAGCUGAAUAUGCCUUAGUGAUUCUGUAGGUAGAGUAGGGCUCUUUUAAGAAUUGCUUUUUGCAUAAUUCUCUGUUUUCUCUCCAUUUAUUAUGCAGUUGCUUUCUAUUUACAUAUAAACAAAAAACAGAAACAAAGAAACAGAGGGCCUUCUUAACAACAUUGCACUUUAGGGGUUACAACCUAUAUUAUAUUCUUGUGUGGUUGAAAACCAGCAGGUGUAUGAAGUGUGAUUUAAAGAAAAUCAUCUGCCCUAUUUCCAGAGGAGAUGAGCAUUUUCUUCUCCUCUGGCUCACUGCAAUGCUAUUUUGGCUGCAAUCCAAAACAGGUUGUGGUUUUGUUGUUUUUUUUUUUCUUUUUCUUUUAAUUUAUUUUCUUUCCUUUUUUUCCCCCUUUUUAAUUUCGUCUUAGUAGGAGUGGGAUGUCUGUAUUAUACAAGAUUUUCAAAGCAAAAGAUCAGCCGAAAGUAUUUAUCAUUAUUGAACACCAAAGAAAUUUUAUUACUGAAGAUUAGCCUGUCUGGUUUAGGUUUAGAUUCUGUGGAAGACAGAGAAAAAGAUGCUUUUUCCUGAUAGCACACAGAUGUGGAGUUUUCUUGUUUAUUACAUUUUUUUCUCCAUUAUGAUGCCCAACAUUUCUGGAACAGUAUUUCUUCUUUUUUUUUCUUUUUUUUUUCCUUCCUUUUUUUCCUCGUCUAUAUUUUGGAGUUGGGGGGUGGGGUUACUGAGUUUUAUACAGCUGAAAAUAAGGAAUAUUGUGGGAGUUAUUUUCUACAUAAUUAUGUUAUACUGUAUAGCAUUUCCUUGAAAGCUUUUUAGAAGAUCUGUAAAAAAGAAAGUAAGCAUGACUAUGGUCUAGGACGCUAUUAUUAACAUUCAAAUAAACCGCUCUUCUGAACAGAAUUGUACUGUUAACGAGGAGCUUAGUUGAAAUAUAAGAACUUAUUAUUUUAGUGUAUUUACUGCAAUUUAUAGUUAAACACAUGGUUGAAAGAAGUACUGAUCUUCACAUUUGUCACAUGUUAGGUAAAUGUUUUAAUUCUCUCUAGUUGUAAUUGUUGAAAUACUUUUACUUCUAAAUUUUUGUAGCCUUUUGAAACAGUAAUUUGAUAUGUAGCUUUGUGAGUGUGCAGUUGUAUUAGUAUGUGGUUUGACAUGCAGUUUUGCAUCAGAGAUCUGGAGUUGUAUUAUAGCUAAAAAUGAUCUUUGUGUGAUAUUUGUGAUGUUUGCAUCUAGUGUGUUGGAUUAUAGUUUUGCAGAAAGACUUCCAUUAUGCUUUGUAACCGCCUACCAAAAUAAAAAGGCAGUGAGAUAGGCCCUGAUUCUGCUAAGAGGUGAAAGUCUUUAAGGGGAAACGAAAUAUAAGUUAUAGAGAGAUCUUUUUCACUGCACAGAACACACUCUCUAAAGGAUAUGGAGAAUAUUUUUCAACUGGUGCGCAACGUUAUCCCUCCUCUAACAGGGAAAAAGCAUAAAGGUCAAGAUGGUCGUAUAGGCAUUGUUGGAGGAUGUCGAGAGUACACUGGAGCACCAUAUUUUGCUGCAAUUACAGCUCUCAAAGUGGGUGCAGAUUUAUCCCAUGUGUUUUGUACCAAAGAUGCAGCAACAGUAAUCAAAUCAUAUAGUCCAGAGCUGAUUGUUCAUCCAGUUCUUGAUAGUCCCAAUGCUGUCCAUGAGGUGGAAAAGUGGUUACCACGACUGCACUCAGUCGUCAUAGGACCUGGCUUAGGUAGAGAUGAAGUUCUACUUGAGAACGCUAAGGGUAUUAUAGAGAAAUCGAAAGUGAAAGGAAUUCCUAUCAUUAUUGAUGCAGAUGGACUGUGGCUCAUUUCCCAGCAGCCUUCUCUUAUUCAAGGCUACCAGCGAGCUAUUCUUACUCCAAACUAUAUGGAGUUCAGUAGGCUGUAUGAAGCCAUGCUUAGAGACCCCGUAGACAGUAGUGAUCAUCAUGGAUGUGUAUUAAGACUCAGCCAAGCCAUGGGGAACCUGACAGUUGUUCAAAAGGGAGAAAGAGAUCUUAUUUCAGAUGGAGAGAAAGUACUCGUAUGCAGUCAUGAAGGAAGCAGCCGAAGAUGUGGUGGACAGGGGGACCUUCUUUCUGGUUCUCUUGGAGUCUUAGCACACUGGGCAUUUGUUGCUGGAGCUGAAAAAACAAAUGGUCAAAAUCCCUUUCUAGUGGCUGCAUUUGGAGCUUGCUCUCUUACGAGGCAGUCUAACCACCAAGCCUUUCAAAAAUUCGGACGUUCAAUGACAGCCUCUGACAUGGUUUCAGAAGUUGGAACAGCUUUCAGCAAACUUUAUGAAACUUGAAGCCAAAGCAGCAGAGAAGAAGAAAAGGAAGAACAAUGACUGCAAGAGUAAUUACAUGUAUCGUAGAAUUUACAUAAGUAAUGCACCCUUUCAAGUGCUGUAGCAACAUUGGUAUGUUAGGUAGAUCUUUUUUAUUUUUAAGAAUAGAAAAAUAUGAUUAAUGUAGAUAUUUUUUAAGAGUUUGGAAUACAAAAAUGUUUUGGCUGAAAUAAGCUGUAGUUGCAGAUCUGUUAUAAUAUAAUAAAACUAAACUGAAAGUAUUCCUCUGUUCUUUUUGAUAGUUAUUGAGCAAUAACUAAAGUGCGAACAGCAAAAAAAAUGCACUUGAUAUUUAGAUAAAAUUCUUCCACCAGCUCAACUGAAUUUCUUGGAUUGCACCAAGGUUAUCAUGUUGUCAUUCUUAGAACCUCUGUCUAGAAUUAGCUAUUGCACUUCAGUUUUUUGCCAUGCUAGUAUAUUAAGAAGCAAAAAAUAAGCCUCUUUGGAAAGGGAGUGCAUGAGAGUUGCUGUAGAUUUUGAAUGUAAUUAGUUGCCUUUUCCCAUUCCUGGUCCCAGAGGCAGCAUUCAUUUGGACAAGGCACCCCUUCCUGCAAUGUCUUAUUUUGUUUUUUUUUUAAAAGGUUCCCCCCCUGGCAGAAUAGGAUAUACUGUAGGUAUCUCAGCAGCAAAAUUCAUUAAACAGUAAUUAGGCUUACCUGAAAAAAAAAUUAAAUUUCUGUUUCUUUAUCUGGUCUUGACUCAUCUGGAACUCUAUGUGAUAAAUUUGUGAAAUUAUCAUUUGGAGAGGUACUAGGUGGGGCAAGAAACUCAGUGAUACCCAACAGAACUGUCAGACUCUCAGUGAUCAUGGAAGAGUAGUAAAGUGCUUUUAAAACUCCAGUUGCCUGCUGGGUUAGAGCUCAGAGAAGACCAGCACACAGGUCCAUAGGUGGAUAGUAAUUAGCCAGCAGGAAUACGAGUUGAAGGCAGCCCACAGCAUGUACCUGUACUGUCGUAGCAGUGUGCAGGCAGCUGUAUGCUGCAGGUUAAAGACAGGAACAGAAAAAUGGUAGUUGGUGUCUGAGCUUCAAGUGCAGUACUUAGUACUUGGUACUUUUACUUUUUUAGAGCACAGAGGCUUUUUGUCUGAUCUUUGCGAGACAGGACACUGUUAGGGCCACACUGAUCUGGCACGUUGGCAGGGCAGGGAAGCGUUAGGUAUAAAGAGGAACUUAUGUGGGAUUUUUGCACACUACAAUUUGUUAAAUUUUUGGAGAUUCAGUCAAAGCUUGUAGGGACUGAACCAGUAUGGAGAGGGGGACAAGUUCAUGCCAAGAACAUUUAAAUGGGUACUGCCCUUGAGCCUCCAAUCCAGCUCCAAGUGUUUAUGCUCAUUAAAGCACAGAACAAGCGCAUAACGUGUCUGGUUAUUGCAAUAGAUGUUACCUGUUCACUACAACCACUCCUGUGCAGGGCUCCAGCUCUAGGUUGGCACGUGGUGUCCCACAGACCAGUCAGACUGUGUUCUCAUACCUUCAAUAGCUGCCUGCAGAAAGCACCUGGAAUCAGAAAGGCUGCUCCAAGUAUUUCCCUUCAGCCCUUAGAGUUGAUAUUUCUGGAUGCACUGUGACUACUACCUCACCCCGAUGCAUUUUUGUUUUUCUUUCUAAACCAGUUACCUAUUUUUAAGAUAGGUUUUUAAAUGUUUGCUCAUGUUGGUCUAUGAGGGUUCACAGACUACUCUUAAGAGAUGAGGUUUUAGUGUUUAACUUAAGCAGUUUUGUAAACUGUCUGCAUCUUUGGGGAAACUUAAGCUACUGUUAUUUUUCCCCCUAAAUCUAUUUGAGAAGCCUGACUACUUUUAAAUUAAAUCAGCAAGUUAAAACUGAUUUUAAAACAGCUACUGCCUUUUUUUUUUGUAUUUAGAACAUCAGUGGUAUUAUAAUCUAAAUGACAUUUGUAGGCAAAAAUCAAUUAACAGAGCUCAGUACAGAUUUCAACCUGCCGUGUUGGUUUAAAAUCUACACAGAAGUUGUAACUCUGUUAUUCACUAAUGUAUACAAAUUGGUACAUUUUUUAAACAUUCUGGAAAUGUAGCAGUUUCUUUUGGUAGGAAAUAAAAAUAAUAGCAAAUUGA